AACCCCUCCUAACACAGGGGCGGGUCAUCAUAACUGUUCCUCUCCAGCUCACUAUAUAACACAGUAUCUGCUUUCUGUAAACUCCCACCAGCUUCAGGACCAGGAAGGCAACAAUCCCAGCCAGCACCUUCCUUCACAUCUGACCACCAUGUCUCACGGACCAAUCUACAACCCACCAGUUCCAUUCACAACACCUUUUCCACAUGGUCUGAAUGAUGGCACACUUGUGGUUAUCACUGGCAAUGUUACUCACUCAGGUGACAGGUUUGCUGUAAACUUGCAGUGUGGACACGGUGGAAAAGAUGACAUAGCUUUCCAUUUUAACCCACGUUUUGAAGGGGGUAUUGUUGUCUGCAAUACCAUGGAGCAUCAGAACUGGGGCUCCGAAGAAAACAAGAGGGAAAUGCCUUUCCAUCGUGGACAGCCGUUUGAGAUCCGAAUCCUUGUUUCACAUCACAGUUACAUGGUUUCUGUGAACAGAAAUCACUUUGUGGAAUACAAACACAGGAUCCCCAUCCAUCGAGUCAAUACCUUGAAUAUUAAUGGAAGCGUUGCUUUAACAAGUGUUGAUAUCCAGGCACAGGGGCAGCACUGUCACUGUCUUAAAUUUGCUGAAUAUCCAAAGAUCCCUGAUGGUGACAUCGCCGCUGGUGUUUAUGAAUUUAAAAGCAAUGUGUUGGUGUUUGUGGCAUAUCUGUUCAUGUUUUGUACAUUUUUUAUUCUGUCAUUUGAUUGUUUUGAUGUUUUUGGUUUUCAGACCGCAUUCCCCCCACAGCCAGGAUUUGCGCCUCAACAAUUUGCCGGUGGACCUGCAUUUAAUCCGGGCCAGUUACCUGGAGCUCCAAUGCAGUUUGCACAUUUUGCAAUUCCAUAUAAAACUAAUAUCUUUGGAGGAUUUUUUCCUUCCAAAACAAUUGUAAUAAAUGGAACAGUUUCGGUACAUCCCAAAAGAUUUCAUAUCAACCUGAAAUUCAAAGAUGGGACUGCACUGCACUUCAACCCAAGGUUUGAUGAGAACACAAUUGUACGAAACAGUCAUCUGAAUAACAGCUGGGGCAAAGAGGAACGUCAAUUGUCGGGCCAUGGGAUGUGUUUUGCACCAGGACAAAGCUUUGUAAUUCAAAUCAUCUGUGAACCCCAUGCUUUCAAGGUGAAUGCAAAUGGGCACCAUGUGUGUGACUUCAAUCACCGCGUACACAAUUUGCAGCAAAUAGACACUCUUGAAAUUGACGGAGAUGUCACUCUUCAGCAUGUCCAGAUUUGAAGAUGGAUAACCAGAUGUGUUUUUUUUUUUUAUGUACCCUUCAUUUUUAAUUUCAGUUAUGAUUAUUGCUUUGAUUUUUAAUGUGACUACGGUAACUGUGAAUUUGAUGCUCCUUAGUCUGCCCACUUUAUUUUAAGUGCCUUUGUAUGUAAGAUGAGGUUGCAAACAAGGUGCGUUUCUUUUGUCCGUUUUAUUUGUAGUUAGUGGUCCAAAGACAAGGAAAUAAGAGGUGCUACAAUAUCGCUCCCUUCAGAAAAGAAGUAGAUUAGUGCAGAAAAUGGGGUUCAUUUGUUAAACUGUGUAUAGUGAGUUGAAAGCCAAAUUGUAAUAUUCAGGACCAUAUAGCUGUGAAAAUAUUUUCCAGCUCAAGUCACAGCUUGAUAUUUUUGUCUACGUUUUGGAAUUCAGUUUUGAGUUUACAACAGAUAGUUUGUUUUUUAUUGUGUAAACCCCAAUGGUUCAUUAAAGUUCUGUAUUUACUAAGAUAUUUAUGAAUCAAUCAGUUAACUAUGGUAGUUAGAGGAUAAGAGAUUUUGCAACAGUUAGAUAAAAUACAAAUUAAAUAUGGUUAAGCGCUUACUGGAAUAUGGGUGCAAGGAUUUAAAACCAAUAAAUGCAAACGUGAUACAGCAUGCACAAUAUGGUGCUAACCUUGCAAAUGUAGCACAAAUCUAUUAACUCUGUAUUUCCUUAA